UCCCCUCCCUCCUCCCUCACCCUCCUCCCUCGCCCCCUCCUCUCUCUCUCUCUCACUCGGCAGCCAAGCAGCCACCAUGUUCGCUUCAGGCCGACGCCUCCCACGGAGCCUUGGCCGAAUCCACCUCGCCAGGGGCUCACCCGCCGGCCUCGGGGCCAGCAGUAAUCGACCUGCAAGACAUCUGCUUACUUCGGGAGCUACAUUGUCAUCUACACCAAAGCAGUUGACAAGUGAAAACCUUCAACCGCAGAGAGGUGUAUUGUGGGAAAACUGGAGUGUCCGGAGCUUCAAAACCUCUGCGUAUUUCUGCGAGGAGGUCCGCGUGAUUAACACGCCGGCCUUCGCGGAGUCGGUCACAGAGGGCGACGUCAGGUGGGAGAAAGCCGUGGGCGACUUUGUCAAGGAAGAUGAAGUUGUGUGCGAGAUUGAAACCGACAAGACUUCCAUCCAGGUGCCGGCCCCGUCAAGUGGGGUGAUCCAGGAGCUCCUGGUGGAGGAUGGGGGCAGGGUGGAGGCUGGGAACCCGCUCUUCAAACUCAAGAUCACCGACGCGGGAGCUGCUGCUGCCGCCGUCGCCACCAAGCCUGCCGCGCAAGCUCCUGCUGCCGCAAAACCAGCGGCAGAGGCGGCUGCCCCGCAGGCGCCCUCAGGAGCUGGGCCCAUCCCAACCACGAUGCCACCUGUGCCACCUGUGCCCAAGAAGCCACUGGAGUCGACGCCCGUGGCCGAAGUCCAAGUGACCGCGGCUGUCCCGUCGGGUGCCGGCGCUAUCCCGACGCGAGGGGAACACCGCGUGAAGAUGAACCGCAUGCGGUUGCGGAUCGCCCAGCGUCUCAAGGAUGCGCAGAACACCUGCGCCAUGCUCACCACCUUCAACGAGGUGGACAUGAGCAACGUGAUGGAGAUGCGGAAUCGGCACAAGGACGUGUUCUUGAAGAAGCACGGCCUCAAGCUCGGCUUCAUGUCGCCCUUCGUCAAGGCCGUGGCUUUCGCCCUGCAGGAACAACCCGUCGUCAACGGAGUGAUCGACGACGUGACGAAAGAGAUCGUGUACCGGGACUACAUCGACAUCAGCGUCGCUGUGUCGACCGCCAAGGGCCUGGUGGUGCCCGUGUUGAGGAAUGUCGGCCCCAUGAACUUUGCCGACAUUGAGAGGGCCAUCUUCGAGAUGGGCGAGAAGGCGCGCAAGAACGAGCUGGCCAUCGAGGACAUGGACGGCGGCACCUUCACCAUCAGCAACGGCGGCGUGUUCGGCUCGCUCUUCGGCACGCCCAUCAUCAACCCGCCGCAGUCGGCCAUCCUGGGCAUGCACGCCAUCAACGACCGCCCCGUGGCGAUCAACGGCAAGGUUGAAAUCAGGCCGAUGAUGUACGUGGCGCUCACGUACGACCACCGGCUCAUCGACGGCAGGGAGGCCGUGACUUUCCUGCGCAAGAUCAAGGCAGCGGUGGAAGAUCCCCGCAUCAUGCUCCUCGACAUCUAACGAUGCCUGUCGGCAGGGCGCCUCGCCAGAUUUGGGGCUCUCCAACAAUCCUCCCUGCUACGCCAUCCACCACCGUUACCCUCUUCACACAUUGGUCCCAGUCUCCCCCUAUCGCUCUCCACUGUCGCUUGCCCCCCCCACCACCACCCCCCCCCAUCUGCACACUUGAAUUUAGAACAAACUGUGCCCUAAAUCAGGAAAAUACUUUUUGUCUGGCCUGUGACAGGUGCACUUGCUUCCCCCUUCCGACCCACGCCCAACCCUCACUGCACUUACACAGGGCUCUAUACACAUGUGCUUGCUAUGGCUGCUGGAAAACCAGGCUGUCUGGUGGACAAUGCUCCCCCGGGUCCUUAGUCCGUAUCUGCGCUCUUUCAGAAGUGGCGGUGAGCAAAAGGGAUCGAUGGGUCCAUUGCACCGUAGGCCCUCCACAAGAACCCAUCUCUUGAGCCGUGUUGUUGGGCCAAGUGGCUGAUCCGUGCUCUAUUUUCCCACAAAACGCUUUGUUCGUUUUCACUCGUGUUGAAUCUUUUAACCAUUCACGUACCCGCAGAAUAAAAAGAAAAAACUCUAUCCCACAGCCUCCACUUGAAACCACUUCCCAGUUUCGCGUUGCUUCCCCUUUCAUGGACCUCUCGUUCACUCCCCUUUCGUACUCACGAAAACUUCCAAGUCUAGAUUUCCCCUUUCGUAUUUAACAAAUAAACAAAACUCCCAGUUUUCCGUCCCAAUUUGGCUUUUCCAUCCAACUGCACCCCCCCCCCCCCCAUUCUUCACAUCACCAUGACUUGAUUUUUGCGAGAAACUAAGAUAGCACCCGGGAAAGCGUGCUUUGGCUUGUCCGAAGCACAGCAGGGCAUGUUUGCAACUGCUGCUUGCGCUUGAAACGUAUCCGAAACGUCCCGGAUUGCACCACGAGUUGCGCCGCGGACGAAGACGCCGCGGCGCCGGCAACCCCCACCGCGGCUCGCGCUGCAACCGCGAGCAUCGGCUCGAAUUUUAACUGAAGGAAUCCACCGCUUGCGUAGCUAGAACAAACUAAAUUGGCGCUUCCCCCUUUGCCGUUCGCUCGAUUCGCUCGCACGCCGCCUCGCUUCGCGCUCCUACGAGGCGGCAGGAACUAUCGUCUGUUUCACCGCUAAUCCUAGUUUUAACACUUUCAACGAUUCAAAACUUUUGUAAGAGCAAUGUACGCACAACCUACGAGCCUCUUGAGUGAAGGGAAAAUUAUGGAUCUGUAAUUUUAUCUCUCAUCGCGUCGCUAAAGCUGCUGUAGUCUUUCCGAAUUUAUUGGCGAUUUUGAACGGUGGCACGUUACGCUUCUGGCUGCUAUCUUUAUUUUUUUUGUUGUUGAACAGCUGCACCAAAAAUAUAUUUUUGUCUUUUUCUGCUAGAGCUCUUUCAGGUUUCACCCCUUUCCAGAAAAUCUAAAUUUCAGAUUUUAGUUGUCAGAUGUCAAGGUAAUUGUUGGUCCCACCUUUAUUUGGGGACGGGAGGAAUGGAUUACGACAUCGUUUAUCCGACUGGACAAAGGUAUAGGUGCUGAUAUGUGAAGGUCGGCAAAUGCCACUUGCUCUAUUGUCAAUAUGAAUUAUAAAAGGGAUAUAGAUUUAAAAAAAAUUGUUUGGGUAGAUUUUUAACUGAUACGUAUUGACACCGCAUGAUUACAAAAAAGAUAGAAUGAUUUUACAACUGUAUUCGGUUUGCAAAUGUAGGCAGAAUUUACCCAUUUGAUCGCUGGGUAAUGUUAAAUCGUAAUCGUUUUCUUCCAUUUUCCACAAUAUCCCGAGGUGUGCUAUCGGCGUCACGGGAAUGCCAAGUUAUCCGUUUGUAACUCUCACAGAGCGGCGCUCCCAUGUCACCGGAGAAUGGCCCACGGAAGCGGAGAUCACAGAGCUACUUCUUGAGAUCCCCCUCCCUGCCAAGUGACUUCUGGUCCACGCGUCAAACUGCAGCACUUAAGCGAUAAACUAUUAAAAGGAAAAAAAAAAUAUCUCGCGGCCAUUUCCACACAACGCACGACCGCGAGCCGUUUGUUUCUGCCAGAAUAAUGGAAGGUGGUGGUGGUGGUGCUUUUCAGGGUUUCGCUCGGCCAUUUGGCCACGUGUUACACGUGUACAGCCCUUGUCAGUCCACUGCUGGAUGAAGGCCUCCUCCAACGCCCUCGUAGGGGUUAUUUGAGCUUGCUUCACGAUGGGCAGUGCCGGAUGAAGGCGUGGAGCAGUGAGCAUGGCACCAUAGUACGGUACAACUUUGGGUUUUGCUGCACAGCCUAUGACGUAGCCCCACAGCAGCCUAUUUAACGCUAUGCCUUGUAGUCACCCAGCCAAGCACUAUAACUCAAGCAAUUGUGUAUUAUGUAUUAUUAUGGUAAGGUGAUAGUUCUGACACAUUGGUGAAGGAAUACUGGUGUAAUGUUUAAUCACUCGAUAGCAUAGCGAUCGGUCCAUGACCCAGAGCAGAUAUUUCGCUCGUCAGUACCACCUGGGGUGGCGUCACUUUAACAGUUCGAAUUUGCCUCCGUUUUGGCCAACGGUGAAUUAUGCGACGACCAUUUGAAACGAGUGGGCUAUCAAAUAAUUUUCUCGUAUCAUCCACGUAACAAAACAACAAAUCUGUGCUACGUCAGGAGGUGCCGAGUUCCGCUCUUGUUUCAUCGGAUUAAUUCUCGUGGGGAGAUGGUCCCAAUUUUCGCAAUAAUCUGUCAAAGAGGGCGUGGAUACGAAGUCUCGACGCCUCCUCCCCCACCCCCCGAAAGAAUGUCCGUUUUGGGACUCGUCGUCAAGUGGGACGCCGCGUGCACUCCGCCACGCCUGUGCCGUGCCUGCCCGGAGUGGCGCUGCGGGACAUCGAGUGAUGGCGCUCUGCCGGGCGCGGAGGGGCUACUCCCGAUUGUUACCUCGAAAAUGUAAACGGUCGGGGGGUGGUGGUGGUGGUGUGGAAAGCACGGAGCCCGUCUGCUAUAUUUAAAUCUGGAACUUGUCCUCACCCGUCCUGUUUCUAUCUCCCUCUCUCUCUCUCUCGCUUGGCUACCCACGACUUGAGGUCGCCAACUCGAUUAAUUCUCCCCGGCGUGGCAAGUUUCUCAAAGCCUGUCCGCCCCGCAGCGGGUGUGAAUGGGGUUCACCGCAGUCGGGGGGGAUGGGCAGCUCGCGCCUGGUGGGGUUCAAGUGUGGGUAACUUCCGCCUCUUACUAACCGUCUGGUCAACGUGGGAAGAGUAGACCAAGUGCCCUGAGAAGAGCAGAGGGAAGAGAGAGGGAGGCCCUUCCGUCAAUGGUGGCGUUGAAAAGCAAAUUGCAGAGCGGCACUUUUACUCGUCUCUUGCCCACCAAUCCCCUCCGUCCCGUUUGGAAUUAUAAUUCUUGGGCAGAAUCCAUCGGUUCUAGGUGGGGGGGAUGAGCCGGACUGCACGCACCGCACAUUAAUUUAACGCGUCUGUUGUUCACAUGUACUGUUUUUCUUUCUCGUUUUGGUGCUGUUGUUUUUUUCCCGGGCUGCAGCAGUGUUGGGGAAGUUGAGUUGUUGGGAUUCACACUUUAGCUGUGCGUGUCUGAAACUGUGGUAGUUACAAAAUUAAAUAACACCCCCAAAAAGGGCAUGGCUUAAAAAAAAUAUCCGAUUGAACAUUCGAAUUUCUUACCAUUUGGUCGCUUCAAACCAUUGGCAUUACAUAAGCUUAUCGGUACCACCCAGGAUGGCAUUUGGUGAAUGACUGUCUUUUGAAGCGUUUUAUCUCUAGAUCACAAAUGUGCGGUGGCAAAGGUGACAUUGGUUGCUUGUUUUAUGAGGAACAUGCCAUUUAAGAAAAAAAA